AUGCGCCCGCCCCGCGCACCCCUCCUCAUGCGCGACCGCUACGAAGGCGUCGACUCAGACGACGAAACGGACUCCGACUCAGCAUACGAAGCCGGCGCCGAGUCGGACGAGGAGAACCAGCCGCAGAUCGUGGACGACAUGGGGCGGACAUGGCUGAGGAGGAGGACGACUUUCUUGAUUUCGCGGGGGGUGCGCUUGGGAUUGGGGAGGAGGAGUGGGCGGGGAUCGUUAGGGAGCGGAGGGCAAGGGGCGCGUUCGUAUCCACCUUCAAGAAGCCCUCGUCCUCAACGUCUGCAUCUACAUCCGCUACCGCGCCCGCGAAAGCCGAUGAGCCGCAUCUCCGCGCGCCCAAACCCGGAAGAGAUAGACAUCGAUAUCGAAGCCGCAAUGGACCAAGAGCUGCGCGCCGCUCUCUCCUCCUCCUCCACCAACCCCGACGACGACGACGACGACUACGACUACGAUUAUGACGGCGAAGUCGACGAGGACGGCCUACCGCUCAAUCUGGACGGCGGACUUCAUUAG